UUAAGGAGAUUAUAGAUGGGACCGAAACUGGGAACUCAUGUUAUCAACCAGUAUCUGAUGUAUAUAAAGACUUUAUCGGAAAUUUAACACUAAGUGAGGACUGUUUGGUACUAAACGUAUGGACACCUCGUGUCAGAAGUAAUACCUCAUCGAAAGACUCACCACUAAAACCAGUAAUGUUUUGGAUUCAUGGCGGGGCCCUCGCUCUCGGGUCAUCAUUUCAAUACCAAUACAACGGCAGUGCACUGGCAGCUCAUGAUGUGGUGGUUGUGUCCAUAAACUAUAGAUUAGCUCAGUUUGGGUUCCUAUACGGUGGCGAUGAUAGGGCGCCCGGAAAUCAGGGCUUUUAUGACCAGUUAUUAGCACUCAAAUGGGUGAGAGAAAAUAUUCAUAAAUUUGGUGGGGAUAGGGAUCAGAUCACUAUAUUUGGUCAGAGCGCUGUGGACGCAAACCACAUAACGGAAGCCACUGUUGUGGGAACCACUGUCGCCACACUCGACACUGAAUACCUCCCGGUGUUCGCACACACAGCAUUUGAAACACUAAAAUUUAACAAGGUGGACGCAAACCACAUAACGGAAGCCACUGUUGUGGGAACCACUGUCGCCACACUCGACACUGAAUACCUCCCGGUGUUCGCACACACAGCAUUUGAAACACUAAAAUUUAACAAGGAUCUGGACCUAAUGGCAGGUGUGGCCGCACACGAGGGCUCUAUGUUAUUGCAUAAUGUUGUGCAACAUAUCCCACAAAACAUAACUGAAUCUGAUUUUAAGAAAUUAGCGCAAAGUUUUGACUCAUUUUUUCACAACUUAAAUGCCACCGCAAUCACCGACUUUUAUCUUGGAAAUGUCAACAAAAGUAAUCCUGAUCAAAUAAAAUGGGCUCUCAAUGAUAUGUAUGGAGAUCUAUUGGUGGCGUGUCCCACCUAUCAAUUUGCCAAAAACUAUGCCUUACACUCGAGCGCCGGU